CAAAAUCUGGUUUGAAGGCAUCAAUUUUCAGCGGAUGCUCCAAUUCCAAUUCCUAUUCCAAUUUUUUGGUUUUUGAUUUCCUCGCACUUCACUUCAACCUACUUUACUCCCAAGUCAGGAGGAGGAGGCCAUGGCUGCUGCUGCUGCUGCUGCUGUUGCUUUUGCUGCUGCGGCCGCGACGCCUUCAUCUCUUCCAGUUCCGCGCAGCGGAGGUGGAUUCCGCAACCGCCAACUCUCCGAUGAGUUCACCCGGAAUCGGAGGAGCUUCGCAAUUCGGUGUGAUUUGGACUCCAACGUCUCCGACAUGAGCAGGAACGCUCCAAAAGGUUUGUUUCCACCCGAACCCGAACGGUACAGAGGACCUAAGCUUAAAGUGGCCAUAAUCGGGGCUGGACUUGCCGGCAUGUCAACUGCUGUUGAGCUUUUGGAUCAAGGCCAUGAGGUGGAUAUAUAUGAAUCAAGGCCGAUAAUCGGUGGAAAAGUGGGUUCCUAUGUAGACAAGCGUGGAAAUCAUGUUGAGAUGGGACUGCAUGUUUUCUUCGGAUGCUACAACAAUCUCUUCCGCUUGAUGAAAAAGGUGGGUGCUGAUAAAAAUUUGCUUGUGAAGGAUCAUACUCACACAUUUGUGAACAAAGGGGGAGAGAUUGGUGAACUUGAUUUUCGAUUCCCAAUUGGGGCUCCAUUGCAUGGAAUAUAUGCAUUUCUGACGACAAAUCAGCUUAAGUCUUCAGAUAUUGCCAGAAAUGCUGUAGCUCUUGCCCUUAGUCCAGUUGUGAAGGCUAUUGUUGAUCCGGAAGGAGCAAUGAGGGAUGUUAGAAAUCUGGAUAAUGUAAGCUUCUCUGACUGGUUCUUGUCCAGAGGAGGGUCUCGCUCGAGUAUCCAGAAAAUUUGGGAUCCUGUUGCUUAUGCCUUGGGAUUCAUUGACUGCGACAAUAUCAGUGCUCGUUGUAUGCUCACCAUAUUUACUCUGUUUGCUACUAAGACUGAAGCCUCCCUUCUACGAAUGCUUAAAGGUUCUCCGGAUGUUUAUUUGAGUGGCCCCAUCAAAAAGUAUAUCAUGGACAAAGGAGGGAGGUUCCAUAUGAGGUGGGGAUGCAGACAAGUCCUCUACGAUAAAUCUUCUCGUGAUGGAGUGUAUGUAACUGGCCUUGCUAUGUCAAAGGCUACUCAAAAGAAAAUCAUACAAGCCGACGCUUACGUAGCAGCCUGUGAUGUCCCUGGUAUUAAAAGAUUACUGCCACAAAGUUGGAGGGAGAUAGAAUUCUUUGACAAUAUCUAUAAGCUUGUCGGAGUACCCGUUGUCACAGUGCAACUGCGAUAUAAUGGCUGGGUUACGGAGUUAAAGGACAUUGAACUUACACGGCAAUUGAAGCAAGCUGUGGGUCUGGAUAAUCUGCUCUACACUCCGGAUGCAGAUUUUUCAUGCUUUGCAGACCUCGCACUCACAUCUCCGGAGGAUUAUUACCUCGAGGGCCAGGGCUCAUUGCUUCAGUGUGUAUUGACACCCGGGGAUCCUUACAUGCCUCUAUCUAACGAGGAAAUUGUGAGGCGAGUCUCGAAGCAGGUCUUCGACCUCUUCCCAUCCUCACGAGGCCUAACGGUGACAUGGUCAUCGGUGGUGAAGAUUGCACAGUCACUGUACCGUGAAGAACCCGGAAAAGAUCCUUUCAGACCCGACCAGAGGACACCUGUAAGCAACUUCUUCCUCGCCGGCUCUUACACCAAACAGGACUACAUAGACAGCAUGGAAGGCGCAACGCUGUCGGGACGGCAAGCAUCCGCAUAUAUAUGCGAUGCCGGCGAAGAUUUGGUCGCCCUGCGCAAGGCUCUGUCGAGUCCCGCCGCCGCCGCUGCCGGUACGUCCGAUGAACUUAUUCUAGCUUGAUUAUAUCAUAUGAAAACUAUCAUUGCUUACAUUUCUUUCUUUCUUCAGAAUAGAAUUUAAACAAACAUUGAUUGAUAUUAAAAAUAAUUUGCCGAUUAAUUUAGGCCUUUUGAUCGGACAACUUAUCAAUUUGAUUCAUGUGAUAAAGCGUUAUGUGUAUUUAUGCAAUUUUAAUUUAUUAUGUGCUUUUG